GACCACGUCCCCUCCUCUGACCGCCUGCCAAGGAGGGAUAGCUAGCGAGAGACCGAGCGAAAGAGUGCGCGUGCGAAAGGGAGAGCGGCGAUGGCAGCGGUUUCGGCAUGGGGGAACCCCGGCACAUGGGCCUUGGACGCCGAGGAGCACGAGGCCGCCAUGGAGCCCCGGAAAGAAGACAAGGGCUACGACUCCUCCGACUCGACCUCCUCCCACCACCAUCACCAGCCUUCCGCCGACUUCCCCUCCCUCGCCGCCGCCACCAAGAUCUCCAAAAAGAAGAAGUCCCAGCGCCUUUCUCUCGCCGAGUUCACCACCGGCAGCGCCGUCACCCAUGGCGCCGGCCGCCUCCAGUCCUCCUCCUCUUCCAAGGGUCGUACCACUGACGAGCUCCUCGUCCUCCCCACGGGGCCCCGCGAGCGCUCCACCGAGGAGAUCGAGCGCUACUCCUCCCGCGGCUUCGGCUACUCGUCGUACGGCGGUGGCGCCGGCGGCCGCGGCCGGAUCUCUGGCGACGACUCUAAUUCCCGCUGGGGCUCCUCUAGGGCUUCGGACGAGCCGAGGGGGCCUAGCUAUGGGGGACCCGGUUCUGGAUCUAAUAGGGAUCUGGGCCCUUCUCGUGCGGACGAGAUAGAUGACUGGGGCGCGGCGAAGAAAUCGGUGGUGUCGGAAAGGAGGGAGAGGGGAGGGGGGAUUUUCGAUUCCCAUUCCCGGGCCGACGAAUCGAAUAACUGGAUCUCCAACAAGAGUGCGGCACCGCCUUCCGACGGAAGGAGGACGAACGGCGGGAGUUUCGAUGGUCCUAGAGAGAGGAGGGGUGGGUUUGAUAAGUUCAAGAGGGAGGGAUCGAACGGCGGGCCGGAUUCGGAUACGUGGGUGAAGAAGAGGGAGGAAGCGAGCAGCGGCGGGAGGCCGAGGCUCGCGUUGCAGCCCCGGCCGUUGCAUUUGGCCAAAGGCAGCAACGAGGAACUCAGUCGUGGAGAGCAGCCAAAGGGGCCUACUGAGAAGAGCAAGGGAUCGAAUCCCUUUGGAGGCGCCCGUCCACGGGAGGAGGUGCUGUCAGAGAAGGGGCAGGAUUGGAAGAAGAUUGAUGAGAAGCUGGAGGCUAUGAAAAUCCGGGAGGCACCACCUGAAAGGCCAUCCUUUGGGAAGAUGGGGAGCGGACCUGGAAGCUUGCCUGAGAAUCGCAUGGAAAGGAGUUGGAGGAAGGCAGAUACAAUUGAUGCUACUCCUCUGCCAAGGACAGAGAAAGAUGAAGAGGGAUUAUCUGAAAACUAAGUAAUUGCCAGAACUUUGGCAGAGGUGAGCUCAUAACCAUCAAUCAAUCUUAAGAUGAUGGGGCGUUCUACUGUUGUAGUUUCUAUUAUUUGUCACUUUGGACUUUGUAUUGUGGUAACCCUCUGUAGGCUGAGGCUGUUUUGGCAGGUAUUUUGAUAAGUAUCUUGGUAGGGUGGCAUGUAAUGGAGAGUAAGAACAUAGCAUUUGGUUUCCUUCCUCCGCCUUUUCUCCUCUAUACCUUAGAUUAUUUGAGAUUCUUUUUUUGGUUGGGGGAGGGGGGAUUGGUUUUAAAAUUGUUUGAAAUAAGUCAUGCUGACAAUAUCAUUUCUUUUUUCUUUUUUAAAUAGAUCAUUGUACUGCUAUUACUCGUUGAAAAAA